AUGGAGUUCCUUCUGGGUGGCCUAUCGUCCUGCUGCGCCGUUCUCUUCACCAAUCCGUUCGAUGUGCUCAAAACGCGUCAACAGCUGGAAGGUGAACUGCUCGCCAAAAGCAACAUCGGCAAGCGGGCUUACAAGGGCCUCUGGCAAUCGAUCGUCUCCGUCGUCCAGUCGGAUGGAUUGCGGGGACUGCAGAAAGGACUUCCAGCUGCGGCUUUGUAUCAGUUAUCGAUGAACAGUGUCCGGCUGGGAACUUACCAAACGGCGGACAAUUUGGGCUGGACGCGAAGUGACAACGUACUGCUGACGCCUUUUCUGUCGGUGUUUUGGGGUGGAUUGGCCGGUGCUAUUGGUGCUACAUUUUCCUGUCCUGUUUACGUGGUGAAGACGCAAAUGCAAGCCGUUACCUCCGGAAGUUACACGGCCAAGUUCCAGCAUCGACACAGCGGUACCGUAGCCGCUUUUGUCAACAUGUACAAGGAGGGUGGCUUUAAAGGACUGUACCGUGGUUACACAGCCAAUUUGGCACGUGUUUCGAUAGGAUCUUCUACCCAGAUGGCUUCGUUUUCGGCGUGCAAAAAUUUCUUUAUAAAGUAUGAAAUUUUCCAGGAGUCAGUGGUGCUGACGGCGCUGGCCAGUAGCACAGUGGCAGGCUUCUUCACAUCGGUGCUGAUGUCGCCGUGUGACGUAGUCACCACUCGGAUGACCAAUCAAGGUGUAUCAGCCACCGGCAAAGGAAUUCUGUAUGCGAAUAUUUUCGAUUGCUUCCUGAAAAUUUAUCGCACCGAAGGCAUCCACGGAAUGUAUAAGGGGUUCGUGCCGCUGUACGUACGCGUGGCACCACACACGGUGCUAAACUUGACCUUUUGGGAGUUUUUUAAGAAUCUGUACGAUGAUUAUUCCAAUAGAGGUAGCAAAUUGAAAGCUGACAGAUAGUGUUAGUUUAUUUAUGUGUUGAUCUGUAAUGUGCCUUCACGGUUGUACACGUGUAAAAAUUGUUGACCAAUUCGGGUAAAUAAUCUCAACAGGUGGCUACUGCAGCUGCCUAAAAAACGGUACAUGCCAAAUAAUAAAUUGCGAAUGAGUGGUGGAUUUAUCUUUUAUUAAGCACAUGUUAUUCCAAACAAUAACCGACUGAAAUACAUUGACAUGCGAAGCGCGUGUGUUCAGUUCAUUUGAAUGUCAAGCGAUGAGGUGAGAUGAGAAAAGCGCGCGGGGAGUUUAUCAUUAUUCUUUCAUCUCUUGUUGCGAGACAAAAGAUAACAACAUA